AUGAAGCCUGAAUCUUCUUCUUCUUCGACAUUCUUAUCGUCGCCGUUGAAGAAUAUUGUGACAGGGUUUCUGUUCGUUUAUGUUUUGUUAUGUUCUCUUCCUGUCUCGUUGGCCAAUAACUUGAAAAACUUCAUUGACAUUAGUUGGGGAGAUGGGCGAGGUCAGAUGUUUAACAAUAACGAGCUUCUACUGCUUAGUUUGGAUAGAAGCUCGGGCUCAGGCUUUCAAUCCAAGAACGAAUACUUGUUUGGAAAGGUUCAAAUGCAAAUCAAACUUGUCUCAGGAAACUCUGCUGGCACUGUCACUACAUUCUUCUUAUCUUCAAAAGGAGAUUACCAUGAUGAGAUAGACUUUGAAUUUUUGGGAAACACAAGUGGAAAUCCGUACACUCUUCACACCAAUGUGUUUAGUGAAGGAAUUGGCAAUAGAGAGAUGCAAUUCUACCUUUGGUUUGACCCAACUGCUGAUUUCCAUAACUACACCAUUUUCUGGAAUCACCAACACAUUGUUUUCUAUGUUGAUGAGAUUCCCAUAAGAGAAUUCAAGAACUUCCAAGACAAAGGAGUGCCCUUCCCACAAUAUCAAGCCAUGAGAUUAUAUUCAAGUCUAUGGGAUGCUGAUAAUUGGGCCACAAGAGGUGGUCUUGAGAAGACAGAUUGGAGCCAAGCCCCAUUCAAGGCUUAUUACCAAAACUUCUGUGAAGAUGGCUGUUUUUGGUACAAUGGAUACUCUUCUUGCACCCCCAAUUCAAAUUCAUGGCUGUGGGGAAAUUUUGAUAAUGAUUAUGCAAAGAAAGGCCAAAUGAAAUGGGCACAAGAUAACUACAUGAUCUACAAUUACUGUCAAGACUCAAAGAGAUUCCCUCAAGGUUUCCCUCUUGAGUGCUACCUCAACACCUCCUAG